AUGGCGAAAUGUUCUUUAUCAACCUUUAUUCAUAAAUCGUGUGCGCAAACCUUUUCGAGCGCUGCCUCGCAGAGCUCCUCAGAGUUGUGGCCGUGCCCUUUGCCCCCUUCUCUGGAACUUCCGCAUUCCAGGUUGGUGGGCCGGCGCAAGGCGCGAUGGAAACUCAGGCACCAGUGCAGACAGCUGACACACCAACUUGUUGCCGCGUGCAAUUGGCUUGCGCUUGGAAGACCUCGGGAUCCUCCCGCUGACUUGCCGCCUAGUUCUGCCCCGCAGGCUUCGAUGCUUCAUCGUCUCGAGGGCAUGGUUACAACUUGGGUUCGCUUGGGCCAUGGCCCCAAACGCGACCUUGAUAGAGCGGUUCAGAAGUUUGAGACUUUGGGUGAACAGCUGGCGGCAGUGCAACAGCUUUGCCUUGAGCUUUCGUCCCAGCUUCAGCCCUACAAUGGAUGCAUCAAGAAAGCUUCUGCUCAGGCUGGCGUCUUCGACAGUGAGUGUCAGCCUGCAAGCUCGAGCUCGCCUUUGCCUAGGGUGUCGGGCUCUGCUUCUACUUCCUAUAAAGCUUUGGACCCCGACCGCCUCGUCUUUGAGCAAGCUCCCACCUUUGAAGCCGAUAGAUUUCUUGUUGAUCCUUUUCUUCGUGCUGGUUUUAAGGAUCCCCGAUUCUUUCGACGAGCCCGCACCGAAUGGCCUCCCACAGUCAGGGCACGGGUUCAGACGAGCCGAGAUCAACAGUUGCGACUGUACAAGCGUUGGGAUGAUGUUCGGUCACUGCAUCUUCUUCCUGCAUCGCACUCCGAGUUCAAGUAUCGAUGUGGCUUAUUCUCGGUUUAUAAGUCAGCAACAGUUGACCGGCAGAUCCUGAACCCAAUCCCUGAGAAUUCGAGAACGUUUUCGGUGUCCGAUGCGACAUUCUCAUUGGCGCAUGCCUCGCUGCUCACGCAGGUAUUCAUUCCUCAGGGUAAGAAUCUGGUCAUUUCUUCAGAUGAUUUGAAGGACUUCUAUCAUGCUUUUGCAGUCAGUGAAGAACACGCUUCCAGGAACCACCUGCGUGGAGUUUUCGAUGGCGCGGACUUUGAGGGGUGGCACGCGUACAAGCCUGAACUACACGGAGUUCCUGUCGUAGGGUGUUUCAAAACCCUAGCUAUGGGGACCAACUUUGCUGUAGAAACUGCGCAGCACUGCCACACCGUCCUUUUACAACGAGCAGGCUGUCUGGCAUCUCAUGAACAAGUUUGCUAUAAGCACCCUAUCCCGAAGGGCCCGGGUUUCGAUCUGUUAUGUAUCGACGACCACGUGUACCUACUACUGGUUGAUGCCUGGGAAAGGUGCAGACAGCCCUCUCCGAAUCGCCGUGACAUCCGUCUUUUCCGUCAAGCUGGUGACAUGUAUUCCAAAGUGCAUUUGAGAACCUCCACAAAAAAGGCUAUCAGGAAUGCUUAUACCGCCACCGUCCUGGGUGGACAGAUUGACGGAGUCCGCGGUGAUAUUGCGGCUCCCCGCUUGAAGAGCACUGCUUUGUCAGCCAUUACCUUGCAGGUCGUUAACCUAGGCUGGUGUACUCGUACUCUGCUGCUGCUGCAACAAAUCAUUGGCUGCUGGAUGUUCGUUUUGCUUUUCAGGCGACCGAUGCUCAGCAUACUUUCGCAAGUCUACCACGAGGGUUCAGAACAUCAUGGUGACGAGGUUUUUCGACUUAGCCACGACUGCCGUCAAGAGCUUUUGUUACUUGUGAUUCUCGUACCCUGUGCAAUGAGCAAUCUGCGUGCUGAGCCCUCGACCAGACUGUUUUGCACCGACGCUUCGCCCUUUGCAGCAGGCAUCUGUUCGUGCAAUGUUCCUUUGCAUGCCAGCUCUGAGUUAUUGCGGUUCGCCGACCACCGAGGAUUUUACACUGCUCUUGAGCCGCGACUUGCGAGCUAUCUUGACCAAUUCAGUUCAGGGCAGAGUGAAGCGGAAGGGGAGGCAGUCCCGCGAUCUUUGGGCGAAGGCAUUCUUUUCGAUGUCUGCGAGAUCUCUCGAGGCCAAGGUAGCCUCUCGCAUGCCGCGCAUCUUCGGGGCCUGCGGGUGCAUAGUGGUUUUUCUGCUGAUGACAUUUUGCAACCACAUACAAUGCUUGCAAUCAUCGGGCUCCUUUGUCGCCGGGUCAUUGCAUAUAUUCAUAUUUCGAUUCCUUUUCCGAGUUUCGGGACUAUGCGCAGGCCCAGACUGCGCAGCCGUGAUGCGCCUUGGGGGUUCGACCCAAGUGAAGCUUGCACACGUGAGGGAAACCUCCUUGCAACCCGGGUGGAGCAAAUCCUCCAUGUGGCAGCCUCGUACGGUGCUUUAGCCAGUGCUGAGCAACCUCUGGGUUCUGUGCUUUACGCUCUCGACUCCUUUGGAAGGUUGUUAACUCGGGGGUUUUUCACUGUCAGUUUCAGCUGCUGCAGUUAUGGAACACCUUUCCGGAGACCCACCCGGCUGAUUGCAAACAAUCCUGCACUACGCGAGCUUGAAGGCGGGUGUACCUGCCAGCUCCCUGACAAGCACUUGCGGCUAGGACCUACUUUUGACCGAGAGAGCCGACAAAGAUUUCUGCUACGCUGCUCUCCUGAUUCCAUUUCGGUCUUCGGGCGCGAGCCACAGAUUGGGGAGUCUUUGAGUAGCUUUUCCGAUUCUUGCCCUUUGAUUGUCAUGCAGAAAGUUUUGGAUUUGCAGAUGCCAGCGAUACAGUCAAUCGAAAGCUCCAGCGUCGGUUUGCGACGGCCACCUUUUGAACCUCCCAGAUGGAUAGGCGACCUCGGAUGUUGCAUGCACUGGAAGACGCUCAUUCAGUACAGGUUCAAGCGGCUCAACCACAUCAAUGUCAAUGAGGAGCUUGCUUAUCGCAGUCUUCUUAAGCAUGUUGCAAAAACUUCACCAGGCUGCCGUUUCGGAGUACUGCUUGACAGUCGCGUCACCAUUGGUUGCAACGCUAAGGGCCGAAGUAGCAGUGCUAGCUUGAACUUUUUCCUUAGCACCAGCCUGCCGUACAUCUUGGGCGGAGAUCUGUAUCCCUGCCUGUUCCACGUAGGGACUGGCGAGAACUGCUCAGACGACCCCUCGCGAUUGCGGCCUUUGCGAGCUCCCACUGCAGUGACGCCAGUUUGGCUGCAGAGGUUCCUGGCUGGAGACGACCGCUUCCUCACCGCUGUUCGGGCUUCUGAUGAUUUCAGUGGGGCCCUGGGCUGCUGGACUCGGCUCAGCAUGCCUAGACGGCGCUCCGCAGCCGCGGGCGAUCGUUCUCGAAUCAAUCUCGACGUAGCUGGUGGCCUCACCAAAGUAGUUGCUUCGAGGCGGGAGAGCCUGUUUCUGGAGUUCGAGCGUUGGGUUGAGGACGAGCUGCACUGCUCCUUUCAGCAAGUUUCCAGUUCAGGCCUGCUCCUUGGCACUGCUUUAGUUGGCUACGGAAAGGCUGUCUUUUAUAGUGGUGGUCCUAAGUACGUGUUUUCUGAAACUUUGAACGCUGUUGUGGACCGCUUCAAGCACUUUCGACCCUCGUUUGGGGCAGCCUGGAGCAUCCUCACCCGGUGGGAGGAGGAGGAGCCGAUCGAACGCUCUAUGGUCAUGCCCGAGGCUGUGUUCCGAGCUGCAGUGGCUGUCGCCCUUUUGUGGCAGUGGCCACAUUUUGCUGCAGCCCUUCUCUUGGGAUUCCACGGUUUGUUGAGACCUGGCGAGCUGCUUUCCCUUCGGCGCAAGGACUUGAUCCUGCCACGGGAUUUGCUUACUGCUGUUCCCUUGGCCUACGUGACCAUUUUGGGGUCGAAAACACGCAGGUUUCUCCAGCGACAGCAUGCCAAGAUUUCGGACAUUUGCACCGUAAAGUUCCUUGAUGCUCUCUUUGGCCAUCUUCCUGGCAUUGUCCCGCUGUUCGGCUGCUCACCUGCUGUUUUCCGCAGGCGAUGGGACUUGCUCUUCAGCAGGUUGGGAGUCCCUACUGCGGAAGAUGCUAAGGGUAUCACUCCCAAGUCUUUGAGAGGCUCGGGAGCUACGUGGCUGUAUCAGAUGACGGAGGAUGUCGGGAGGAUUCAAUGGAGAGGGCGCUGGCAACAGCGCCGAACUUUGGAGCACUACUUGCAGGAGGUGGCUGGCCAAUUGCUCCUCGCCGAGCUGACAGAGAGUCACCGUUCUCGCAUCUUGCAGUUGGCCGCCUUCGCCUCUCAACUUUUGCAAAGUUGGAUAGAGAACCUCGCUUUUGAUCGAGCUCUCUUUCUCUUCAGUCUUCACUGUGCACAGUCCAGCUGGCUGCUCGCCCUUAGGGCUUGUGGCUUCUUCUUCGGCAGCUCACCUGGGAAGCUACGUUUAACUGCGCAAAAGCGAGUUUGCCUGAGCGAUCGCAGUGCUUGCAGCUUUUUCGGCCCACCCGCGGCCACCCGGAUAGAGAACCUCGCUUUUGAUCGAGCUCUCUUUCUCUUCAGUCUUCACUGUGCACAGAUCACUGGUGAGGGCUUCCACCUGGUCAUGGCAAAGGACAACCGGGUGCCAGCCUCACUGACAAGACAGACAAGCUUGCAUUGCCUGAGCGACUUUUUUCCUAGUCACGUUGUUCUGAAACAGGUCCUCAUCUCCUUCGAGGAUGUGAAGGAAGCGAAGCAGGAAGACGAGGAGGCCGACGGGGCCGAAUCCUCCCUGCGGCCGAGGCACAGGGGAGCCGAAACCGAGACUUUGCAACAACUGGACUGCUGA